AUGAGCUUGAACUUCCUGCACUCCGACUGCCGCCAUGUCCCCGAGGAGAGCCUUCGGAGGCGUCCGAACGAGUUCCAUUUGAAGGCUUAUGCCAGGCUCAGUUCGAUGCUUAGGCCAUACAGAGACGCCGACCCGGCUAGGCUGAAAAUCACUGGGAGCGGUGAGUGGGGCCUUGAGCAGUACCUUGGUCCUGAGCUGAGGCUUCCUUUCCUUGAGCCCAAGGUCUUGCGAGCUAUUCCGCGAAACGCCCUUCCUUUCCCAGACACCCUGUCUGAGAACAGGGACCGCACUCUUGAGCUUCUAAAACUUUGGGAUAGCAGAGGUCUCCUUUAUCUUUCCUUUGAGCAAAAGCAGCCCAGAGAGCUCACUCGAGUUUUCGGAGCCUAUAAAACCGAUCUGCAUGACCGACAGAUCGGUGAUAGGAGAGGGGCAAAUGGGUUGGAGGGACGAGUCAGAGGGCCAUCACGGGAGCUCCCGCCGGGGCAUCUCCUCACUUGCCUCACUGUGCCACGGGGGUCAAAGCUUGUCGGGGCUUCCACGGACAGGGCCGAUUUCUAUCACCAGGCAAAGAUCUCCGCUUCAAAGAUUGAGGGGAAUGCCACUGGCCCUCCUUUCCGGCUUCGCGAUCUCGAGGGAACCAAGACCCUCUCUAGCGUCAGGGAGAUUGCUGCUGUUUCUCUCAGGUCAGGCGUCAGCUCUGCGGAGGCGUUUGGAGCUUCUUGCCUCGUUUCGCCCCAAGUUCCUCCCUCCCUGCUCUUUGACCCCCAAACCAAGGUCUGCAGGUGCUUCAAAUCUCUGUAUCAGGGGGACCAUGCUGGGGUGGAUUUUGCCACCGAGGCUCAUGGGGAGAUGCUCAACAGGGCAGGGCUCCUCAAAGCUCCUCACCGUUUGCAAGCUAAACGCGCGCCGUCCCGCACGGGCCCCUGGCAGGCUCUUAUCAUUGACGAUUUCUUCGCUCUCUCCGUCGAGGCAAGGGAGACCGACCCUUUGUCUUCUGCUGCUGCAGACCUCGUUGCGAAGGCCAAAGAAACAUACAAGGCAGAAGGAGUCGUUGGCUCCCCUCACAAAGAUGUGCUAGGCUCUGAGGUUUUCACUGCUGCAGGGGCCCAGGUUGAUUCCUCUAGCGGCCCUCUUGCGUCAGGGCGCGUCUUUGUCUCCGCCCCCACUGAAAAGUUGUUGGCGCUCUCUGUCAUCAGCCUCCGAGCGGCCGCCCUGCCUGCCAUCUCCGAGGAGCUUGCGUCAUCGCUUUCAGGUUCCUGGAUCUCUGCACUCAUGUUCAGGAGGUGCCUUUUCUCCAUUUUCGAUGGUUUCUUUGCUUUGGGGAAGUCCGACCCAGGUCAGGCUUCAGGCAGUCACCUUCGUUUUCUCCCUAGGAAGGAGGCUCAGGAGCUUGUUCUCCUUGCCUCGCUCGCGCCAGUCAUGAUGUCCAAUGUUGCUGCGAGCUUUUGUGACCGGAUUUACUGCUCAGACUCCUCUAGUGUGAAAGGAGCAUUCUGUUCUUCCGAGGCCUCACCCGAAGUGGCAGCUUCUCUUUGGCUAUCGGCAGAUAAAAAAGGAUGCUACACAAAACUUGAUCCCGAAGGAAGCCCGAACCAUAACGAGCUUGAGGCCCUCGAGAUCGACGACCCCCCCAGGCCUCUUGCUUUCGACUUUGAUGCCCUCUGCCUCUUUGCUGGGUCUCAGCCCCCCGCCGAGGCAUGUGCUAGGCUUGGUAUGAGGGUCUCUCCCAUCAUAGACCUCGGCUGUUCCAGCGAGUUCGAUGUGCUCAAGCCGUCGGUGCUUGAGUGGCUUCUUUACCUCAUAGGGACAGGCAGGGCCCGGAGCUUGCUCGUUGUGCUGCCUUCUUUAGAGCUCACGCAUCGGAGCAGCAGGACCGCUGCCAAAGUUGAGAAGGGUACCGCUCUCGCAAUGAGAGGACCGUUGAUGAGAAGUACUGGACUAGUGGCGCGUACCAGCAAGGCCCGCUGA